CCCACCUCCCUCCUCUCCCCCCUUCUUCAUUGCCCUGUUCCUCGCUUAGGACCGCAAAUCCACGAUGAAAUUCACAACCGCCGUGGCCGGACUCGCGUCUGUGAUGCUUUCGUUCGGCAGCACCGCCGCGCUGCCGCCGAACGCUCUCGACGUGUACAGCCCGCACAUGACGUACCCGACUGCCGGAGCCGUAUGGACCGUUGGGGAGAAACAAAACGUCACGUGGGACACGUCGAAUGCGCCGAAGCAGAUCACGGACAGCAAAGGACACAUCAUGCUGCGCAAGGCCGACUACACCACGCCCGUCAUCCUCGCGGAGGGGUUCGAUAUUUUGCUCGCGCAGAUCGAGGUGACCGUCCCGUGGGUCGUCGACGGAGACGACUACCAGCUCGUUUUGUUUGGCGGCUCCGGCAACCAGAGCCCGUACUUCACCAUCCAGGGCGCCUAAGCGAUCCCAGACGCUUAUUUGCUGUAUGAUAUCGCAAUCUGGUCAAUGUGGCAGCGUAGCGGACUCGGAAUUCUGUUUGAACGAAUGAGGCAGUACACAAUGUAAGACGGAACGUUGAUCUUUGUGAUACGCAAUAUUAUCCUCUUCCCGAUCGGCGACGCCUCGAAUCACGGAGUUAAAUCACGUUGC